AUGGGGGACGAGUCGGCAUCGAAGGGAGGCUACACCGCUCUGCACUCGCAACGAUAUGGUGGCAAUGGACGAGAUUCCGAUGACCGAGGAGUACUCGUCCACGAGCAGGAAACCUACAGUACACCAGACCACCUAUACGGUGGUUACGGUAGUCGCUAUAGUCAUAGCGAUAGCCAU